AGAUCCACAUGCGAAUGCGGAACGCCAUGAAAAAGCAAUCCAGAAACCCUACAUCUUCUCCUCCUCCCCCGCUUUAAAAGGGGACGAAGACGAAUCAAAUCCAGAACCAAAACCAAAUCAAAGCAUCAACAAUGGGAAAUCAAGCGUACCUCGUAGCGAUGGCGGUGGCGAUGAUGGUAAUCUCAUCAUUUCCGGCGCCGGCGAUGGGGUUCUUCAACGUGACGCCGAUAGGGUUUGAUGAAGGAUACACGCCGCUGUUCGGGGACGGGAACUUGGUGAGAUCGGAGGACGGUCGGAGCGUGAACCUCGUCCUGAAUCGCUACUCCGGGUCGGGAUUUAUAUCUUCGGAUUCGUAUCGAUACGGCCUCUUCAGCGCCUCCGUUAAACUGCCGUUUGAUUACACGGCAGGCGUCGUUGUUGCCUUCUACAUGUCAAAUGGGGAUGCAUUUGAGAAGACACAUGAUGAACUAGAUUUUGAGUUUUUAGGGAAUGUCCGAGGGCAAGAAUGGAAAGUGCAAACUAAUGUUUAUGGCAAUGGAAGUACAAGCAGAGGACGUGAGGAAAGAUAUCUUCUCCCUUUUGAUCCAACUUCUGAGUCUCAUCAGUAUUCCAUUCUUUGGACUCCUGAAAACAUUAUUUUCUAUAUUGAUGAGACGCCGAUAAGAGAAGUAACACCGAGUGAGACAAUGGGAGGAGACUACCCAUCAAAGCCGAUGUUACUCUAUGCAACCAUAUGGGAUGGUUCGGCCUGGGCCACGGCCGGAGGCCGAUACAAAGUUAACUACAAGUAUUCACCUUUUGUCGCCGAAUUCUCCGAACUCAUCCUUCAUGGUUGUCAAAUGCCAAUUCUCCAGCAAUUCUCAGCCAAUUCUUUGGAUGAUGAUAAUGAAGAUGGACAACAUUGUGCUGAACUUGAGUCUAGUUUGCUGGUUGCUGACUAUGCUGUCAUGACUCCUGAGAAGCGUCAGGCUAUGAGGAAGUUUAGGGAACAUUAUAUGACUUAUUCUUAUUGUUAUGAUGUUCUCCGGUAUCCGGUGGCCUUCCCGGACUGUGACAUUGUUCCGUCGGAGCAACGGAGGUUUUUGGAAUCCGGUAAUAUUAAGUACACACCAAGAAAACAUCGGAAAUCAAAACGAAGAGAUCCGAGUUUUGAAAAUUUGGAUGUUGUUGAUAAAGAAGCGGAUUUAUGAAUAAUGUUAUUUGUACAAAUUAAGUUUAUUGAAUGGAUUUUUCAACUCUAAUGGCUGUUAAGUAAGUUGGGAGGCAUAUUUGUGAACUUAAUUUGUACAAAUAACAUUGUGUUUUUAAUAUGUUUAUGCUUUCUGGGUACAUUGUUACAAUAGU